AUGAGGAGACUAGCUCAUCUAUCCAUUCUAGAAACACAACAGCAAUCGAAAGACUUCAAUUAUUCUGAAAAUCAAAGAACGCAGCUAUUGGGAUCCUUACUUAAUCAUACCGAUAUUGCCUUGACGAGGGCGCUUGACAGCCCGGAGACUUUGUUGAAUCCAUACAACUUGGCAGAUAUCCUCAUCGCGCUAGGAAUGCUUUCACAUAUCGAAUCAUCCAGCCCUUUUUCGAAUAGACUUUUGCGGAAUCUUGUGGACUUGAUCGACAAACACCAAGCACAAACCAUACAUUCAGUUGGACUGGUCCGUAUGGUUCAGUGUCUUCAGGCAAUAACGAGGUUGCAAUUGGAGGAGCCAAAUUUGAAAGAUUGCAUUUUCCAGCGCUUACUGAAACCUGACGCAGUCGCAAAGCUUCCAGCUAGGACUAUUGUGCACGGGCUGGCUGCUUUGGCGAAUUCAAACACAUGCAACAUAAAUUCAAAACUACUCGCGAGAGCCUUUAUGCGAAGACUCCGAAAACGAAAAGUCAAAGAAGAAGCGACGCUAUCAGAUCUUUUGAGAGCAUUAGCUGCAGCCGACAAACUGCUUCAGAAGUCGGAAAUGGAUCACUUUGAAGACGAGACGGCGAUGUUUGUUUUUGCACUGUUGCGAGAUGUGAUACGGAGGAAAAGCGACUCGCAAGCCACAUUUUCUUCCAAAAUAGUUUCCGAUUUGAUUUCGACUUGGGCACGAUUUAGUAACAACGAACGAGAGGAUGUGGUGAUUGAACAACUAUUGAGUAUAUGCGCAUCAGAUGGUGUUAUAGAGCGGUGUGAUCUAGGUGAACUAGAGAAGAUCCUUGUGUCGGUGGAGCGACUUCGCAUAACAAAUCACACAGCAACGAUGGAACUUGCCGGAGAACGCUUUCUUGCUCUGGUGAAAGCAAGCAACCAAUGCGCAGCGACAGAACAUGUUUCACCCCGUGCCAUCAACAGCAUACUACGUUGCCCUGUUUUGCUGCAUCGAAGGAGUCCCGAGGUUAUGAAACCAUUUGUCGCUGCUGCGCUUUUGUUGUUCCAUGACGGAGAUUUUGUCAACUCCUGCAGCCUUAGUGAAAUUGCAAAUUUCCUAUGGUUCAAGUCGGUGGUAAGAUGGCGUGACGAGGAAGUACUACACCUAUUCUGCCAGCGCAUUCUUGAUCCGGAACUUGUAGAUUCAUGUUCGCCAAAACUUGCAAGUCGCAUUCUAGGUACUUUCACUACCAUGAUGUCGCUCGAAACCCCCCGUGAUACUGGUGAUAACUACCUCAUAGCUGAGGGAACUUCUCAAAUAUUCCAUUGCUACGGAGUGCACCUUCUCACUUCGAGACUUGAGCCUGCGGAGGCUGCUACGGCUCUCUAUUCCUAUGCAAAAGCUUCGUACUUUCAUGACAUGGGGAUAUUCGACCACCUGGCGUCUUCCAUCUCCUCCAUGGCAAAUCGCUGUACAACGAGACAGCUUUCGCAGUCACUAUGGUCAUGUGGGAAGAUGGUUGCUUUGGAGCAACUGGAGGGAAACGAUCUACCUCCAUAUCACAAGAGUUCCUUAAUCAUUGCCAAAGAAUUGUGUCAUCGAUCAAAUGAAUUAACCCCACCAGACGUCACACAAUGCAUGUGGGCGCUAGCACGGCUUGGAGUAAGUGGGAGAUGCUAUCUUGAGCCCCUCGCAGAAAGAGCUGUCGCAGUUUCAGAAUCAAUGAAUACGAUCGAAGUUGUCAACAUUCUAUGGGGUUUGGGCAAGAUAGAGUACAUUGCGACCGAUUUACUCUUGAUCCUGACAGAGAAGCUCAUGGAUGAUUCCCUAGAUGCUUCGCCCAAGCAAGCCUCAAGUGCUUUAUUCGCUCUUGCCCGAUUGAACUUCAGAAACAAGGAACUGUUUGACAAGCUUUGUGCUGUUCUCAUAGAUAAAAUCGACGACACCAGUGCGCAAUCGAUCGCGAAUGCUCUAUGGGCAUACAAGACAGUACAUUUGAGGCCACCAGACGAACUGCUCAACUUUUGGGCCACUGAGAAGCUCGGUCUCGUUACAGUGCAGUCUCUGAAACCCAGAUGA